GCUUUUCAGAGGAAAAAAUCAAAACAAGAUUACACGAAGCCUGAAAAAUGAAGACUAAAAUGAAGUAUUCAAGCACCAAAAUCUCCCCAGCAAAGAUGAACAGCUCAGCAGACAAGGCUGUGGUAAAAUCUCCCAAGUUGAGAAAAUCCCAGCAGAAGGCUGAAGAAGUUUGCCAAAUGUACUUUAUGCAACUACGUUCUGGCCUUAUUAUAGAAAAGACAGCCUGUUAUUUUAGGAAAGAAACCACCAAAAGGCAUUCACCAAGAACAGCUGGAAAGUGUAAAGAACAACAUCUAGUAUUCACUGCCUGUCGUCAGCAGCUGGAACGGCCUGUAGAGAGCUUAGCCUUUGAUAUGCCUAUGGUCCAGAAAUGCACUAAAACAGCUGAUAUUCCAGCUAUCCAAGAAUAUUCUGCUUCCCUGAGCACAUACAAUGAUCAAUCUAUUUAUUUCGUUUUUGAGGAUGGAAGUUAUGAGAUCUAUGUCGAAGACUUGGGAAAAAAUCAAGAGAAAGAUAAGGUGUUAUUCCGUUAUUAUGAUUCCCAACCUUCCUCACGUGAAACAGGUGAUGCUGUUGAUGGCCAGACAUUAUUGGUAAACCUGAGUCCUACAAAAGACAAAGACUUCCUGCUGCAUGCCAAUAACAAAGAACACUCUGUGGAGCUACAAAAAUGUGAAAACCCAUUGCCAGACCAGGCCUUCUUCCUCCUUCAUAGGAAGUCUUCCAAAUGUGUUUCAUUUGAAUGUAAGAAUGAUCCUGGAGUAUUUAUAGGAGUAAAGGAUAACCACCUUGCUCUAAUUAAAGUAGAGGAUCAAACUAAGGAUUCAAGUAUAGAAAAUAUCAUAUUUAAGCUCUCUUAAAAUUAAUGUUAUGGAAAGCUGUGGAUCUUGUGUUAGAUAAUCCAAAUAGCUACCACUGGAGAAAUGAUCAAGAAAUAAAGAGACACAUAACAUUUAGGGGAAGUGGAGGGUAUUUAGUAUGCUAUGGAAUGUUUUUCUCAUUAUGUGUAAAUAUUUUUAUGGUCCUUCAUUUCUGCUUUUUAUUUCCCUCUGUAUCAUUACCUAUUCAAUAGGGUAUUGCUAAAGAGAUCUCAGAAGAGAUACAACCUGAUCUUUAAUUUUUUCUGCUUUCAGUACAAAAAGAAGUUCAUAUUUAGAGCUUAGACCUCUGGAGAGAAGCAAGGGCCUUAAUCCAAGUCUCAUUUUAGACAGAUCAAUUUUAAAGAGCUACACGGAGACAUAAUUUUCCCUGUUCCAAACAAUGAAUUUACACACUAAAGCUAUUCGUGAUAAGACAACCAAGUCUAUUUGGACUGACCAUUUCACAACUGGAAUAAAACACCAAAUUUGUUUAAAGAUGCCCAAAAUGUCAGAUACCUACAUAGGUAGGCAGAUAAUAUAAAUAUGUGAAAAGACAAAGACAGGCAAAGCAUUAAGAAAAAUAAAUCCAGUGUUUGUAAAGUAAUAAUAUUACCUCUAAUUAUUUUAAACUGCUGAUUUUUAUAGACUUAAGUUUAAGCAAGAUAUUCUUA